AUGAUCUCCCCCAGCACGAUAAUAGCUGCCGUGCCUGCGGCGCUCGUCGUUGAUGGUAAUGAUGGUAAUGGCACUGAUGACCUCUCUGCGGCACCCAUCACUGACGGUACUGGUGAUCUUACUAGCAGGAUAGAUGACCUGCCUGCGGCGCCCAUCGCUGACGAUACUGGUGACAAUGGCACUGAUAGUCUCAUUGCGCUCUUGGCCCAGAUGAAUAUCACUGGGCAGGAGGCGUCUGACAACGCGCUGGUCGCCGCCGUUUCUGCUAUCAGUGCUGUUUCGACCACUUCAGCAUCAACUCCACUCGUCCCAGCAUUGACUCCUUCGACCACUUCGACAUCAGCUCCACUCAUCCCAGCGUUGCCAGCGUUGACUCCUGUUGUGAACUAUGAUGUGCCAGCGGCUGACGCUACGGGUCCCUUCUACUGGGUGACCCGUGGCCGCCGUAUUGGCGUAUUCUCUACUUGGCAGCAGACCUCGUCCCAUGUCAUUGGCGUGAGCAGGGCGUCUUUUUCGAAGGUCCGCUCAGUUGCCGAAGGAAUUCAGCUGAUGAAAGAGGCCAUUGGCCGCGGCGAAACGGAGGUGUUGACGUAA